GUUUACAACUCGCUACCUCCGUGGUGAGUGGGGCAAAAUGUUUAACAAGAAACCCCGGAGAAACUUUCGGCAGAGAAAAGACAGCUCCAGUGACGAUGAGGACCAGGUAAAGAACAGCAAAGAAGGAGACGAAAACCCGGAGAAAACCGCCCCAGCUGUGGUAAAUAAGCCCCUUAAAGCAGCGCAAGGCCGCGGCAUCACUUGCAGCUCCAAGCGGGAAGCGACGCCUCCGAAGUCGUACACUAGUGACGGAGAAGACGGGGAAACGUUGGACGUGACAGAUGAAAGAGAAGAGAGGAAGAAAGACAAAGAGGGGACUAAUAAGAAAGAACCCUCUGUUUUGAGUUUCUCUGAUGAUAAGGAAGCUGAGGAAUCUACGUUUAAAUUGAAGAAGUCAUCUGAGAAAGCUGUGCUGUUCCAGAUUAGGAGGAAGGAGGCUCCUCCCAGCAAGACCACCCACAGCACAGGUGGUGGUGGUGUCUCAUCAUCAACUUCUCCCAGGCAAGAUCAUAGCAGUCAGGCUUCACCACAUUCUGUGGAUGAUGAUGACGACAAUGAUGAUGGUAGCAAUGAUGACAAUGACAGUGAUGAGGGUGGUGCGAGGUCUCCUUCAGCUAGCUCAGCCUCAGACUCUAGCAGCUCGGCUCAUACACCAGGUAUUAAAUAUCCCCAUGCUAAAGAGAUCGCGGCAGCCAGGAGACAGCGUCGCGCCAAUCGAACCCAAAAGGAAUUCAUUCCCCUGAGCAGAGAUGGCCAGAGUUCAGCUGGCAGCACCCCAGAUCACUACAGCAGGGAGGAUGAAGAUGACAGAGAUGAUGAUGAUAAUGAGCUGGAUGAUCACGAGAAACGAAUCGAGUUUGCCCCACGGAUGAAGAGCAUCAGGGAAAGAAUUGCUGAGAAGCUAGGAGGAAGUGAUGGCAGCCUCUCAGGGACUGAUGGGGAGGAGCAGGAACUCUGGGAAGAGACACAAAUUGGAAAGGGAGUCAAGAGACGAACAGGGGAGCAGAGCCCAUCUGGGAGUGACUCCAGCAGCUACAGCAGCAAUAGUAGAAGCAGUCGAGACAGAGGAAGACAAAAAAAGAAAUCUACAGGAGUCAGAAUUCCAAAGACGUUUCCUCCUGUCACUGUCUCAGUUGUCAAGAGAAGGAUCACUGAGAAACUGGAGUCUUUGAAGGAGGUGUACAGAGCACGCCAGGCAGAGCUGAGGAGGAUCGAGGGCGAUGUUGAGAGUGCUAAAACCUCCUUGGAGGAUCUGGAGGAAAGCACCUCAGAGAGGCAGCUAAAAUUUUACAGGACCAUGACGGGUUAUGUCCACAACAUGGUGGAGUGUCUGCAGGAGAAGGUUGUUGAGAUCAACUCUUUGGAACUAGAGUUGCACACUCUGCUGUCUGACCAGUUGGAGGCGCUGUUAGCUCAAAGACACGAAAAGAUUAAGGAGCAGGCAGACCGCCUGCAGCAGCUCAGCUAUAACACAGCAGAGCAGAGUGGAAGUUCAGCCAAUGGAACAGAAAAUCAGUGUGUUGGUGUUAAAACCGAGGAAGAUUUUGAUACACCUGAAGACACACAGCCUUCAGCAGAAGAGGAGGAGCAGUUACAGAAGAAAACAGCUGAUAUACUGUUGAGGUCCCAGAAGGUGUUUGAUGUCCAAGACGACUUCUGCAAUGUUAAAAAGAUUCUGUCCCGCUUUGAAGAAUGGAGAGGAUGCUACUCGGAGUCCCUACCACAAUGCUUACAUCUCUUGUGUCUGCCUAAGUUGCUGAACCCCAUCAUUAGGCAUCAGCUGUUGGCUUGGAACCCUUUAAAGGAUGCCAGUAUGGACUUUGAAAACCUCCCAUGGUUCACAGCAGUGGAGACCUUUUGUCAUGGACAUGGCCAUGAGGAACUAGAGCACACAGACAGACAGACACUGUCCAACGUCAUAGAAAGGACCGUCGUACCCAAAAUGACUGCCUAUGUGGAGCUGGUGUGGGACCCCAUGUCCCAUCAACAGCUCUCUGUCUGUCUGACUGAUGUGUGUCACAGACUGAAGGAGGACUAUUCCACCUUUGAAGGAGAACCGAGUAAACCAGUCAAGGCAUUCACAGAGGCUGUUGUCCGCAGGCUGAGAAGCUGUGUAGAUGAAGAUGUCUUCAUUCCCCUGUACCCCAAAAAGUUUCUUGAAGAGACAUCAUCUCCUCAGCGUCAUUUCAGAGAUCAGCAGUUCUGGACAGCUGUAAAACUACUAGGUAACAUGGGGAAGUGGGAUUUGCUGCUCCCUGAUUUCGUAUUGAAGGAACUGAUGUUGGACAAGCUGUUGAACCGAUACCUGAUGACCACACUGUGCAGUCAGACACUCUCCAACAAUGCUGUUUAUGCAUGCAAAAAGAUAGCAGAUAGUCUACCUCUGUCUUGGUUUAAAGGGGAGAGCACGUGUUUGCCUCAGCUGCAGAAUUUCAGAAACCACGUAGUUCAGAAAGUUCAUGCCAUCUGCAAACAGCAGCCGCCUGAAGAUCCAAACACCAGGUCUGCUGUGGUUGACCUACUGAAAGUUCUGAGUACAAUCCGAUGCCACGACUCCAUCAUGGCCAUAGCACAGAAAUACCACUAUGAAGAUGCCAUCUACUCUCAUCAGCUGCUGAACCAAGAGACGGCAUGAACCUCAACUGUUCAACGGAAGAUGUUUAAAACUAAAAUACCAACAAACUUGUAUGGUUCACCUUGACUUGAAGCAAUAGUCAAGAGGAACUCUUUGUAAAAUAAUUCACCUUCCCACAAUUUUUAAAUCACAAAUUUUGCUGUGUAAAGGAGGUAAUUGUAUUUUUAUGAAUAAAUGAGCUUUGUUAGUAUUUAUUUUAGGCAGUUUCCUGUUUAAUUAUGCAACAACCUUUUUUUUUUUUUCCUCUUUAUUCCUGAUCCACACAACAGGGUUGCAUCAGUGACAUCUUCAAAACUGCAUUCAAGCUACAAUACUGUUGUAUCAUUCUUAAAUUGUGCAGUUUCUCAUCAACAGACACUGAGAAAAGACAGCUUUACUGAAAUAGUUUCCUUUUUUGCAACCUCAUGUUGACAUCAUUUCUUUUUUUUUAAUUUUAUAUCCAAGAUCAUCACUGUCAGUUCAUAUUAAAUACAAUACACUGCACUUUGGAGUGCAGUCAGGCCAUACUUAAAAGAAAUCUUGAGGGUGAGGUGAGUGGAUGAUAGUAAUUGCUACUUAAUAGUAAUUUGCUACUUUUGCUACUUUCUGCUUUUCUCAGU